GCGACUCCUAGCAACCCURWAUAGGUUGAUUCUAGCGCCCAUCACUAGGUACGCAAAACGAGCGCCGAGAUUGUAUAAAUUUAAGGUGGUCCCGGCGCUACGAAGAGUAUACCGAGACUUCCAUCGUGUGUGUUUGCUAGCGAGAGUAACGAUUGUUAUGUUGGGGCUCAUACUGUAACUAUGCAGUCGAAUAUGGGAGGGAUGGCAGGACCGGGAGUACCCAACCAGGGGUUGGUCGGUCAGGGGAUGGGAGGUCAGGCGAUGCUUGGGCAGGGGAUGAUCCCUGCGGCGAUGGGUGCUCCGAAUAGUGCGCUGGCAGCACCAUAUGGCACAGUGACGUGCUAUAUAUGUGGUAAGACCGGGCACUAUUUACGGAACUGCUGGCAGGCGGCGAAUCGGCAACGGUCGGAGGAUGAUCAAGAGAUGAGAGAACUGUUGAAGAAGAUAGCAAAGAGAGGGGAGGAAGAAGAGAAGAGAAGAUUGAGAGAGGCAGAGGAAGCUAGGAGGAGGGAGGAGAUAGAGAAGAGGGAGGGAGACAAGCUGCGUGAGGAAGAGGCAAGGGAGGCGAAGUUGGAAGUUACGAUCGUCAGGAUCCUGUCCCAAAGGAAGGAGCCACUGAUGAUCACGCCAGCGCCUCAGCAAGUCGAAGAAUCUAAAAAGCAAUCGCCAUGUACCAAGGCUAGGAUGCUUCGCGAAAUAAGGAGCUAUAUCGCGGAAUCAGAUGAAGAUAGUGAAGAGGUGAAGAUAGAAGUGGAGAAGCUGGUCGAGGCCUUUGAGAAUCGGAAGAAACAAAAGAAGAGCUCAGCCAUCGUGCGAGAAGCUACCAACCGAAUGGUCAGGAAGAGAGCUACGCCGAAGAAAGGAAAGGAGAAGGUGGUCAAGAGUGAGGAGGUGGCCGACGAUUUCGCAACGCCGAAGAAGGCGUGCCCAACUGAAUGUACUAGUGAGGGAGUUGUUGAGUUCACCCUCUCACAAACGAAAGUGUUGAGCGCAUUAAAGGCGGGAGAUAUACGAAAGAUCUGUGAUCGGGAGGGUGUCCAAUACAUUGUGAAGGAUCAAGCGAUCGGCGAGAUCGUGCGAUGCGGGGUGCAACUCGCCUAUGAAGGUUUUUUUUAUGUGCGCAAGCAGCAGACCUCGACGGCAAAACAAGGCGGGGCCGUGCUCAACGACCCGAGCACUACACGCAACUCGCUGAAAAUCCGUAUAGCACGCGUGGUUAAGGAAAAGUUCGGCGUAGACAUUAGGAGGCGAUUGUAUGUGAAGAUUCCUUUUUCUGCACAAGUGGAUUUGGGAUUGGUUCGUGAUCUGGUGGUAAAGGUCAUCACGGCGUCUGUGAAGGACAUAGCCAUCCGGAAUCUCGUCAUAGAGAAGCUUAGUAUGGUGAAGACAAAGGGCAGGACUGUGGCGAGCCUCAUCCAUAACUAUCGGAAGAAGAUUGAGGCCAGGCAUGACCAGUGUGCAUGCUCGGGCUUGGUUGCUGAGCGUUAUCAAGGGCACAUUCGAGCUAGGAUCGACACGUUCCAAGGGGUGCACCGGUUCGUUUGCAACGCGAGGAAUGUGACGUGUGGCUGGUCGAUGACCAGUGAACUGCUUGUUGAAGCCAUCCAUAGGGCCGUCCCGAAGAUAUGGAGAAGUAACAUGGAUUACUUGGCGUGCGAUGAGGUAGGGAGAUGCUUCAGUCGCCAGGUGACGGGUUGCAUGGCACUGGCAGAGAAGCAGGUCGUAUAGAGUGUGCGUCAUUUGCGCUCCAUGAU